CCCAUUCGGCUUGGUUUUUCCUGCGAUAUUCAACCGUACGAUUUUCAAAUAGACCGCGGCAAUCGAUUCCUCUCGAAAAUCCCCAGGGGGGUGUUUUUUCGAUUGUCGAAAAAAACUCCCGUUCGCGAGAUAGUUAUUUGUAUUUUUGUUUGGCCGCCCAGCAAGCGAGGAGGAGUUUUCCCCCGUGGCUACGCGAGCCCCCACCCAGCUUGUGCGCAGGGCGCAACCCACCCCCACACGCUCUGCAACGGUGCUCAGCACCCAAAUUCGUCAUGGGUCGGCGGAAUAAGCGCCGCCGCACACCUCAAAGGGGAAGCGGCGGCCAAUUCCAGCGCCGUGAGUGCUCUGCGUCAGCUGCCGAUCCACCAACCCCCGAUGACAGCACCCUCUCUACCAUGGAAAUCGAUGACGACCAAGGCCGCGACGAGGACUAUCGCGACGAGAGCACUGGUGCCUUCUCAGGUAGUGGACAGGCCACGCUGUCUUUCGUAGGGUCUGCUGAUGCAUGCGUCAUGUCCGCAGCAGUUCGAACGGCAGAGACUGCUCGAGAUUGCGCGAUGCGCUGUAGCUGGACUACCGCUGAGAGGUGGAGCUUGCUGCGUGACUUGAAUUGA